GAAAAAUUUGUAAAUAAGAAACAAGAUUUCUUAUUCGGAGUAUCAUCAAUAAAUUCAGUGCUGACACAUAAACCAUUGAAUCAUUGUCAUUCAAGAAAAAAAUUGUAAAGUCAAGGUUGAGGGCUCUUUAAAGUCUAUUCACGGACCUAGAACGUCUACAUGACGCACAGCUGUUGGUAAGUUCAGCUGACACAUGAUUAUUAUUGGGAGAAGUCAGCUGAUUGCUGUGCAUGCAAUGUAAAUCGUAAAGUAAACGAAGAAGUGUAGUCUUGAAGUGUUGUUUGGUGUUAUUCUCAGUCUUCCGUCAACUGUGAUCGUGUUUGUGAGACACGAUGGCGUUAGAAGAUGUUGAGCAUGAUCAUACUGAUGAUAUAAAUACAGGAGAUAACCUCCAAUUACCUAUUGAAGUUAUCAUUCACAUUAUGUCAUAUUUAUCCGUUUCUGAUCGAAUGUCAGCUGGAUUAGUUUGUAGAGAAUGGCAUGAAGCUUCUCUUACUUUAAGGUUUGUCAACAAACAAGCAGUUAUUGUGAGUCGAGAGGAAGACAAUCUACAACUUGUUAUGAAUACUUUGUUGAAGUCACAAAGACCUUUUUAUCACUUUAUAUUCAAAGAAGUGGAGGUGAAAAGAAAUCUUCCUAUUUGGGAUAAAUUUGGAUCAUCUAUGAGAAGUUUAAUAUUGGUUUGUUGUGAUUUAAGUGAAAGGACACUUGUGAGUAUUUUAAAGUGUCUAAAAAAUUUACGUAUAUUACACAUCAAUGCUUGUCGAGAAUGUUUAAUGUCUGGAAGGCUAUUAGAUGACAAAAAAGAUGUUGAUGAAUUAUCACAAAAUUUUCAGUCACUUAUUGAACUGAGUUUAGCAUCCAAUCGAUACUUAAGUGAUGCUCUUUUCAACAGAUUUGUAUCAAUUUGUCCUAAUCUUCAAUCUUUAAGUCUCACCGACUGUCAAAUUUCUUUUCAUUCUGGAGUCUACAAACGAUUUUAUCGUGAUUAUAAAUCUUCAGAUCAAGCAUCUGAAUCACUUUUAACGUUUUUCAAUGUUUUAGCAUACAUAAAAAAACAAGCAAAAAGACUAAAACAUUUGAGCUUUGGUUCUACUUUAAUCGACAGUACAGCUUUAAGUAGUCUUGCAAGUAUAGAAGAAUUAAAAUUGGAAUCACUUAAACUUAAAUCAUGUGAUCAGUUAACGAAUACAGGACUUCGUAGUCUCAUUUAUCAAACAAAUAUCAAAGUAUUAGAUAUUAGUUUUUGCACACGAGUCACAGAUGCUAGUAUUAUUUGUAUCUGUAAAAAUUUACACAAUAUUGAAAUUCUUAAUAUAAGAAGGUGUAGAGCUGUAACAGAUCUUGGUAUUAAACAAAUUCAUUUACUGAAAAAAUUAAAGGAAUUAGAUAUUUCUGAAUGUGAUCAAUUAACUGGAGCAUGUAUUACUCAAGGACUGUGUCAGCCAACAAUAACAGAAGAUGUGAAAGCAGAAAAUAAUGAUGAUCAAAAUUUAUUUCUUGAUUUUGAAAAUGUUAAUCCAAAUUGUACAUCUGAAUUAAUAGAUGGGAAUUUAUCACAAAAAUAUGUCAAUAAUUGUCUAGAAGUAUUAUCAGCAAAUGCUUUAAAUCUAGAUGAGAAGGCUAUAGAAUGCAUUGCUACAUCAUUUCCAAAGUUAACAUUUUUAGAUGUUGGUUAUUGUUUCAGUGCAGUGACUGAUAAAACCAUUCAAAAAAUUUUUAAAGAAUUAACACUACUAAAAACAUUGAGGGUAAGUCGUUGUGACAAAGUAAGUGAUGCUGGUUUAACUGGAAUGGGUUCCGGGAAUAGAGAAAAUAUCGUCGAAGCUAAAGUAGAACAUAAAAUCCCUGAAGUUUCUGGCAUUAAGUUAAGAAUAAGACUGGGCUCUAGAGCAGAAGAAGAAAUAGUUCGAGAUGCAAAUAGAAAACGAGAAGUAUUAGAAAUGUGUGAAGAUACAUCUCCAUUGGAUGUUGAUAUUGCCUCCGGAUUUUCUUUGACUCGUUUGAGAGGCUUAACAGAGCUUGAUUUAGCGGGUUGUAAUAGGGUAACUGAUGUGAGCUUAAAACAUGCUUUUAUGUUCUUAGAACUUAGGAUUCUUGACUUAAGUCUAUGUCAGCAGAUUACUCAUGUCGGUCUUGAUUAUCUCACUAAAAACAAUCGAGCAAUUGAAGAUCUAAAUCUUUCUCAGUGUCAUAAUGUUACUGACAUUGGUAUUGUCUAUGUAGUUCAACGAUUAGAAAGAUUAAAACGUCUUCAUAUACGGAGCUGUUCUCAACUAACUGAUUUUAGUUUAGAAGCAAUCAAGCUUUAUUGUAAAAAUCUUCAGUAUUUAGAUGCCACUUCAUGUCCAGGAAUUUCACAUACCAGUGUUGAAAAUCUCGGCAAUUUACAUGUUAAAUAUUCAGAUCAAUCAGGUGUUUUAGAUACGCGAGAUAUUCCUAUUCCACCUUUAUUACAAAGAUAAUGGAUUUAUUUUUUAAUGGAAAUAAUGGAUUCGGAGUGAAUUGUUUCCGUCCUCUAGAGAUGUGCAAUAUUAAAAAAUGAAAGAAAAAAUUUUUUAACAAUUACUAUUACUAUUGGAAUAGUAUUAUCGUGUAUUUAUAAUUUUUAUAAAAAAUUAAAGAGAUAUAAGUAAUUUAUUAACAAGUGAUAUUAUUAAA